CGAAGUAAAAGAGGGACAACAUAAGGCCAAAACUGAUCCUGAACUCAGACAGAGAUAUUUUUCCUCGAUCUCUACGUUUUGCAGACACAACAACGCGCGUGCACGCUAUCUGUCGCAAACAUUCGCAAAGUCUGGACUUGGGUGGUAGACAGCGUCUGCCUCGUGCAGCAACGGGAGGAGUAGCCUAGACCUUAGACAAGCGUAGUAGACAACCAUACACCUCCUGGAAUGACGUGCAGCGCAUACGCAGCCUGCACAUUAGGUUACAAUGAGAGGGAUCAUCUAACAGUAACGAUUGGGAUUUACCAACAAUUGUUUUCCUUAAGUUAUAGUUAUUGACUAGUCCUUAUUGAUGACAACGUCCAGCUUCGAAGCGUGUUCAGCACAUGACGUCCUUGUCAUUUGCCAAGGCGUAUGACGCCCCAUUGAUCUUAAAGGAAAGAGGAAACCUGACCAACCUAAAUGAUCAAGAAAGACACAAUAUCAAUACAAUUAUAGCUCAUCACUAGUUCUUAGGCUGAAUGGUGAACUUGCUUCUAUUUUUUGCUAGGUAGUCUUCUUGCUAAGGUAGUCUAUAGCUAAGUGAACCAGACAGUUCAGUUUGUGGGGGAGAGACAGUUGUGUGUUCGUCUGUGUACCAUACGCGCAAAACGAGCUAUAACCAGCAUUUAAUGCAUCUAAUUUUGGUUACGAGGGCUCUUUUAUAGAAACGUCAUUAGUUGCACGUAGAUUUAAACACACUCAGAAGUGCACAGUAGCUACAUUUCUAUGUGAAAAGGUAGGCUAUAUGAGUGUGAUGCAACUCUUUGUUACAUGGUAUCUCUUUGUUUAACGCGUGGUGUUGGUAGAUGGCGCUGAAGCUGCUCACACAAGUUCGAAUAGCCUAUAAGACUAUAGAUUUAUAUUGCAAUUCAUUUUUUGAAUUGGCCACCAUGGAUGAUGAUGUUUAAGUUAAACAACUGUCACAACAGAUGUCUCACUUUGUCAUAUGUCCUAGAUUAUUAUUGUGUUGUUAUUACACAUACGACAGAAUGAACAUUAAUAAUGUAACUUCCCAGUUCUGAAAUUUCUGUUAAGCAAAGCAAUUGAUUAUGGUGUAAACGUAGGGUUGAUUAAUACAGGCUACCAGUGAGUAAUGAGAUAACCCAUGGGUUAGUCUUGUCUGCUCUCACACAUGAUCUACAAAGCUGUUGCAGCCCUGUGUCUAGUCAGUGGUGAAAGAUGCUGGAUGGACUACAUGGGGGCCAGUCUUGUGUACCCUCCUCCAGGCCAGUGUCAAUCAGUGUCAGCAGCCUCUCUUUGUUACCACAUUGCUUUUACAUGGAUGGGAGCAAUCAUCCGAUCCGGAGGACUCUCUACCGGCUGAAGCUAGUGAGUUCUCCUAACCUCACUCAGUUGGGGAAGAGUGACAAAGCCUCCUUGGAGGACAGGGGAAAUGGUCCUAAUGCUGUCUGGAACAGCAUCCACAAUGCAGUCAUUGGCGUGUUCCAGAGAAAGGGCUUGGCCGACAAUGAACUGUAUGCCCUAAAUGAGGGUGUAAGACAGCUGUUGAAAACAGAGUUGGGCUCCUUUUUUACUGAGUAUCUUCAGAAGCAGUUACUGACAAAAGGAAUGGUCAUUUUACGUGACAAAAUCCGCUUCUAUGAAGGUCAGAAAUUAUUGGACUCGUUAGCUGAGACAUGGGACUUCUUCUUUGGCGAUGUCCUCUCCAUGUUGCAAGCCAUAUUCCACCCAGUUCAGGGGAAGGAGCCCUCUGUGAGACAGCUGGCACUAUUGCAUUUCCGGAACACCAUCACCCUCAACAUGAAACUGGAGGAGGCCUUGUGUCGACCCCGCGCACGCAUCCCUCCCUCCAUCGUCCAGAUGCUCCUCAUACUGCAGGGAGUCCAUGAGUCCCGAGGCGUGAGUGAGGAGUACAUCAGACUGGAGGCGCUCAUCCAGAGGGUGGUGUCUCCCUACCUGGGAACUCAGGGACUGCGCUCUCACGAAAACCCACUCUCAGAAUGCUCUUACACACUAGACAAGCAUUUGCACUGGGCUUGGUCAAAGCCAGGUGACGCACACACCAACCCCGUUGUGCGAUCUAAGAGCUACAACAUUCCGAUGCUGACGCCAGUGGCGGAGUACGACUCAGAGGUCGGCUCUCUGGGCAGCGUGGGCAUUCGCCGUCACUCCGCCUGCGAGGUCUCGGCCUGCUUGGAACAGCCAGGCUACCCCAUGCUUGGCACUACUGUGGACACUGGCUCAACCCCCAGACUCUGCCUCGAACAUGACCUCCCUUUGCGAGGGGCCUCGGUCCAGCCCGGCCUGCUCUCGUCCGCCAUCUUUCCUCCACAUUGUGCAGGGACCCUGCACCCGCCCGGCGGUCAGCCCUGUCACCCCGAGCUGGCCAAAGCCCACUCGUCCCCCGCCAGCUGCUCCUCCAGCCCAGAGACCACCAUCGUCCAAGGUCUCGACUCCCUGGACUCCGAUCAGGAAGGGAUCUUCAUUGACUUCUCUCACUGCCGCUCAGAGUCAUAUGGUACCACGCGUCAGACUAGCUAACCCACCAGAAACCAAUUAUCUCCUCGCACCAUUUACCUACAUCCACCCAACAAAGGAUGUUAAUACUUCUGUUCUCUAUCAUGAGGAUUAAGAUCACUAAACAUUCCUUAUUUUAGAUCAUUUUGUCAUCUUAGUUUGUCAUGUCGCCUUGAGGAUAAGGGCAGGGUUGUAAGUUUUUAUAUAAUUUCCCAAGAUUGACAGAAAAUGUGUGUCUUCGUUAUUCAAAGAAAUCCACGUCUUCUCUACAUCUUCAAACUUCCAUGUUUUCUUGUUUUGAUUCGUUUUGAGGAUAUUACUUGAUGAGUAGAUUUAAAUGACGCUUUGUUCAGAUUUCCAUGAAGUCAAAACCAUGUAAAAUAUAUUGGCCUUUGCUUUUUUAUUAAUGAUGUUUGAAACUUACAUGAAUUUUACACAAUGAAAACUUUAAAAAGAAUCACUUUUCACUAUUGUCAAAUUAUUUCUUAAAUUAAGUUGGCCACUUUAAUAUGUUUUGAUAGUUAUUUCUAUGCAAAAUAGAGUAGCUUGCAUUUUUGUUGGGUAGAAAUGAAUAUGGGAGUUAUCUUUUCUUAACUUGAGUAGUGAAGCAAAUUUAAGAAAUACAUCAAGGUAAACCUCUACUUGAUUGUCACAAGUUUAUUACAAGAUCAUCACAAUUGUAUUAAAGAACACCGAUAUAAGUA